CUGUUGGGACACAAAGCUGCACAGUGGAACAGGGAUUGGACACAUUCCUGGACAGGUGUUUGUAGAGCAGGCUGCACUCUGAAGAUAAAUAACUGCCACCUCUGUGCUUCCUGUCAUGGAAUCAACAUCACACAGGUUUAGCUCAUUGCAGGGCUAAACAAUAAAUGUUUGCAACCUCACAAACUGCACACAACUGUUGUAUAGAACACUAGAAGUGUUUCCUUGCUGACCUGGUAGAGGGGAACUUCCUCCACGUGGUGCUGAACUGUUGAUGAGACAAAACUGUGUAAUUGUGACAUCCUACCCUUAAGAGUGGGAUGUCACAGUGGUGGGACACUAAGUCCUAGCAGGUGCAAGUUCUCUCUCACAUCUGAAGAUAGUAGUUCCAGUAGAAUCCUGAAUAAUGAGUUCGAGUGUACCUGGACAGCACCCGUGCCUGUAGUGUCUGCUCUGUGGAAUUUAUUUAAACCUGUUUUCAUCACAGCUCUGUAGUGCCUGAGUGGUAACACUGGCUGGAUUCCUGGGCUUAUCCCACUGUCUCAUGUGGGGCGAGGAUCAUCACAUCACUUUCACAGCUGUCUAAGAUUGCUGAGGUACAAAGCCUGUUUCUGGGAGGUCCAACAUCAAACAGCACAAGGCUGCAAUUUUUUAAUCUUUGUGUCAAAACUGCUGUUUCCUUUCAUGUUCAUUUGGUCCCACCAAACCCAGCGUUUGCUGCUCAGAGCAGCAGGUGCUGCCUGUUUUGAGGACUGUGCUGUGCAACUGCCUUUGCUACAGCAACCCCCUUCCACUCCUUUCCCCAGCAGCACAGCAAACUGACGUGUGGGAGGAAGCUAUGGCAUCAAAGGAGCCUGCCUCCUUUGUGGACCGGACCACCUGGGAGCUCCUCAACCUGCUGGACAUGCUGGGAAGGCGGAAUGGACGGGUGGGAGUGAUGGAGGUGGACGAUGCCGAAUCAAGAGCCCCCUCAUUGCUGGUGGACUUUACCCGGGACCUGUGUGGCACAGGUGACAUCAAACAUAAGCCACAGCAGACAGGGAGUGAGGGAAAGGAAGAGGAGGAUGUGAUGCCGCCACAUCUGAUCUUUAUGCUGUGGCAAGCCAGUGUGUUGAAGAGGCUCAUGCAGUGGGAUCACUUGGAUGAGGCCAUCCGGGAUGUGAGGAACCUCCUCCCUUGCCUGCCGGAUGUGCUGGUGCUUGUGAUGAUCCGUCCAGAUCGCCAGGAGCAGCUGGACCAGGCAGUGAGAGCACUGAGGAGAAUGCACUGUGUGCUGGAUGGGGCCCUGCAACUGCCCGUGGAGACAGCGAUCUACAGCCCAGGCCAGCCUGGAAGUGUCCUGGAGGCAAAGAGAGCUGCCUGUAGAGCACUGAGAGAAGCCUUGAACUGCCAUGAAGAAGUCGACUCCCAGGAGCCAUUUAUUAUUUCGCUCCCGGAGCUCAGAUACUGCCGUGUUCUGCCUGAACGUAGGCAAGACAAGGUAUCAAAGACGGAUGGAGAAUGAAUUCCCUUGGGCAGCAGAACCUGUCAGAUCUUUUCUUGCCCUAAGGUCUUCAUUAUCAUGAAAAGAAGGAUUAAAAGCCUGAUAUUUAUCUCA